CGCAUAUGUCUUUUUUAUCACAAAUUUUAUUUAUUUAGGAGCUUCAAGAUAUGAAUAAUAGACGACACACAGAUAAUUUUAUACCAUCACAAAAAUCUCCGAUUCCUUUAAAUCGCUACGAUGAUUUUAUAGAUGAUUAUAGUCCGAAAUUAAAACCAAGGCCAAAAUCCCCUGAACCUAGAUUAGUAGCAAAAGCACUUUACACUUUCGUUGGACAAACAGCAAGGGAAUUAACGUUUAAGAAAGGUGAUAUUAUUUAUAUUCGAAGACAAAUCGAUAAAAACUGGUACGAAGGUGAACACAACGCUAUGGUUGGAUUAUUUCCCGCGAAUUAUGUUGAGAUAAUUCCUUAUGACGGUUCAAAAUCAACAAUAAGAAAAUCUCACGAAGGUCAAGCUCGUGCUAAAUACAACUUCAUCGCACAAACUCAUUUAGAACUUUCGUUAGCAAAAGGAGAGCUUGUUGUAAUAACUAGAAGAGUCGAUGAUAAUUGGUUUGAAGGGAAGAUUGGUGGAAGAAAAGGAAUUUUUCCAGUCUCCUAUGUUGAGGUGUUGAUAGAUCCGAGUGAAGCACCUCAAGUUCCGGCUCAAUCUAAACCAGUUGCGGCCCCGGCCGCUCAUUCUUUACUUUUGAAUGGAUCUUUAGGUGGCAAAGAAUCAAUGGGAUCGCAUAAUUACGUGCCAACCACUCAAAAUACUCAACAAAACGGCCAUCAAAAUGGGGGAUUAACUUACCAUGCUAAACCAGUUCAAAUAACGGGAAGUUUGAAACGAAAUCCUCUAAAUCAAGAGUUACACGUUGAUACGCAAUCAGAACCUUAUGUACCAUAUCGUGCCCUGUAUAAGUACAAACCACAAAAUGAGGAUGAAAUCGAAUUAAACGAAGGCGAUACGGUUUACGUUUUGGAAAAAUGCGAUGAUGGUUGGUUUGUUGGAGCCAGCGAUAGAACAGGAGCUUUGGGAACAUUUCCCGGAAAUUACGUUGAAAGGAUUUAAAAUUAUCCAUUACCUUCAUACUGGCCAGUUUUAAAAAUAUAAAAGAGGCAAUUGAGUGUAAAAAAAUCUUAAAAAAACAACUAUGCUAACAAAUUAAGCGCAUUGCCAAUAAAUGGAGUUAUAAUAAUUAAUAAUAAGAUUAAAUUAAUUUUUAAUAAUUUCAGGAUUAAUCUUUUAGCGUAAUUAUCUAGUCACUAGCCAAAUAUGAGGAUUAGUUAAUUAGCUUUUAGGAAAACUAAUUAAAAAAAAUAGAUCUUAAAAACUAAACAUGAACACCAAAAAAAAGAAACUUUAUUUUUUAUGUAAAU